AUGGCUAAACUCAUUGAUGAUGCCGGCGAAUGGCUAAACUCACUAACGAGGCCGGCGAAACGUCUGAGAAUGUAUCAAGUCCACGGUCGGAUGCUAGGAAUCAAGACAACUACUACGGCAGACGACUUCGCGAUGCCGGCGAAACGUUUGAGAAUGUAUCAAGUCCACUGUCAGAUGCUGGGAAUCAUGACAACUACUAUAGCAGACGACGUCCACUGUCAGAUGCUGGGAAUCAUGACAACUAUUCGGCAUGCCGGCGAAACGUUUGAGAAUGUACCAAGUCCACUGUCUGAUGCUGGGAAUUAUGACAACUACUAUGGUAGUCGACGAAACGUUUGA